GCCUAGAUUUAUUAUGAAAAUUGAUUCUAACCUAAAAGACCAUUUGUUAUGACAGUUGAGUUAUACUAAGAUUUUUCUUGUGAAAAUGUUGCGCAAUACUUUAAAACUGUGCUACAACUUAUCGAAAUGUACCAAAAACAACCCAACAACUACCAUAAAUAUCCCGGUUAAAGCGGCUCAACUUUUGUCAAAUCCAGUUAGACAAAUUUCAACCAGCAACAAAUUAAUGAUGUUUAUUCAAACACAAGAUACCCCAAAUCCAAACAGUUUAAAAUUUUUGCCUGGAGUACCAGUUUUAGAACAAGGACAAACCAUAGAUUUCCCCAAUGGACAAGCAGCAUUUUGUUCACCUCUUGGCAAACUGUUGUUUAGAAUUGAUGGCGUCAAAAGUGUAUUUUUGGGACCCGAUUUCAUAACAAUUACCAAAAGCGAUGAUGAAGUUGACUGGAAGAUAAUCAAACCAGAGAUUUUUGCCACAAUUAUGGACUUUUUCGCAAGCGGUUUGCCGAUUUUAAAUGAUGCUACACCAAAUUCAGACACACAAAUUAAUGAAGAUGAUUCAGAAAUAGUCCAGAUGAUAAAAGAACUUCUAGAUACUAGGAUUAGACCAACAGUACAAGAGGACGGAGGUGAUAUAAUUUAUAUGGGCUAUGAGGAUGGCAUUGUCAAGUUAAAGAUGCAGGGAUCAUGUUCAAGUUGUCCCAGUUCUGUGGUCACAUUAAAAAAUGGUGUGCAGAACAUGUUCCAGUUUUACAUACCAGAAGUACUGGGAGUAGAACAAGUGUUUGAUAAAUCUGAUGAGAUUGUAGAGAAAGAAUUUGAGAAGGUAGAAAAAAUGAUUGAAGUUAAAGAGAAUAGUAAAUAAGAUGCAAUGAAUUAGUUUAAAAUAUUGUACAUAAUAAAUGUAUUAAAUUUU